GUAAUGAAGAUUGAAGAGUUAAAAAUGGAAGUUGAAAAGUUACAAAGCUUUUCACAUGUUGAGUUGUUGAUUAAACUUUGUUUUUCUUUUGUUACUUUUUGUAUCAAACAGGCUUUUAAAGAGUUCCAAGCUGGUGUGAAGCUCCCUGGAAUGUGGAAAACAUUACUUGGAAUUCUAUCACCCUUUAGGAGCACAAAGUACCUCGAUAAUGUGCAAGGUUACCGUUUACUAUGGACGGGCGUGGGAGCACAAUUAGCUCGUGAUGUCCCUUUUUCUGCUAUUUGCUGGUCGACUCUUGAGCCGAUUCGAAGGAGGUUACUUCAGAUGAUUGGUGAGGAAAGCAGUGCAGCUUGUGUUCUUGCAGCGAAUUUCUCCGCUGGUUUUGUUGCUGGUAGCCUUGCUGCUGCUGCAACUUGUCCCCUUGAUGUUGUGAAAACUCGAAGACAGAUUGAGAAGGAUCCAGGAAGAGCUUUAGGCAUGACCACGAGAAAAACACUGAUUGAGGUGUGGAGGUCUGUAUAUUCUACUCAUACGAGAAAGUUUCAUUAAUCCGUUCAUUUUUAA